CCGAAGCGAGCCUCCGGAUAUUAGGAGCUUCGGAGCCCGGCAGUGCAAGCAAGUACAUACGAGCACCCCCCCUCCGGACCUACACCACCGCAAAACGCACCACGCAGAUUCCACGCCCAAGCAUCAACCUAUCCAAUCCACGAUGCCAUUCGCAUUCCCCACCCUCAUCGCUCUCCUCACACUACUCCUCCCCACAGUUAUAUCCAAACCCCUCCAAACACCAGAGACACUAUACACCUUCCCAACCAGUGCCACCGGCCCAACAUUCCUCGAAAACAUCGCCGUCCGCGCCGACAACUCCCUCCUCCUCACAACGCUCUCCUCAGCUACAAUAUACACAUACAACCCCGAAACGCCACACGUCGCGCCUUUCGUUCUAGCUACAUUUCCACCGCCCCUGAACGGCGUAACGGGAAUCGCAGAAUAUGCACCUGACAUGUUCGCUGUGGCGGUAGGGACAUGGAAUGUUAGUGCGCAGCGCGCCACGGGACUAGAAAUCUGGAGGGUGGAUCUUUCGAGAAGCGGAGGCGGAGACAAGAUAGGUGCCGAGACGCGGAUGGUGGUGCGAGUACCGGAGGCCAGGGCGUUGAAUGGCAUCACGGCUGUACCCGGGCAAAAGGGCAGGGUGCUGGUUGCAGAGAGCUACGGCGGCGUUGUGUAUGCGGUUGAUAUGCGGCGAGGGACGUACGAGGUUGCGAUUUCAAGCGCAUGUCUGGCUGCUGGGGACAGGCUUGGCGUUAAUGGUAUCCAUGUUUCCGGCUCGUAUGCAUAUUUCGUGAAUUCUUUUGGCGGUUUCUUUGGGCGUGUGGCUAUUCACGCCAACGGUACGGCGCGAGGGGAUGUUGAGAAGUUGGUGGGGUUCGAGGUUGGCCCUAUGAGUGUUUGGGAUGAUUUUGCUACGGAUGGAAAAGGGGUGUUUUGGAUUGCGAGUCAUCCCAACACGGUGGUGAAAGUGGGGAAGGGGAGAGACGGGUGGGUUAGCGAAGUUGUGGCAGAGACUGGAGACAAAGGAGAUAUUGGACCGACGAGUGUGGCUUUUGGAAGAGGAAGGAGGCAGAACUUGCUGUAUGUUGUCAGUGGGGAUGGGAGGGUGCAGAGAUUGAAUACUAGGGAGGUGUGA